GGAGCGGGUUUUCUCCGGAGACAGUUUCCGGGGAAGAGAGGGGGUGAAGAAAGUUGAGUAUUGAGGCCGGAAACAUGUGGACGAAGCUGAUUUUUAAAAACAAAGUGCAACUCUGUCAGCGAUCUCUGUCCGGAGCUCCGCGCGCCUUUACGCACCGCCCGGAACGCGCCGACUCCUGACACUUUGGGAUGUUUUACUCACAAACAGAGUCCGACAUGUGAAGAUUUCAGUUUAUUUUAUUAUUAUUUCGUGAGGUUUCGCUCAGCAAACACGUGUUUGGGAUGGAGCAGGAGGAGGGGAUGGUGUCGGUGUGGGUCUGCCGGGAGGAGAAGCUGGUGUCCGGCCUCACGAAGCGCACGACCUGCGCCGACGUGGUCAAAGUUCUGCUGGAGGACCAGAACCUGCGGCAGGGCGCUUCGGCCGCCAUGCUGUCCGGUUCCCCGCAGUCCUACUGCGUGGUAGAGAAGUGGAGGGGCUUCGAGAGGAUGUUACCCAACAAGACCAAAAUCCUGCGGCUGUGGAGCGCGUGGGGAGAUGAGCAGGAGAACGUCCGCUUCGUGCUGGUGAAGAACGACGCAUCGCUGCCCAACAACGGGCCCCGCAGCGCCGAGGCACGUGUGGUCCAGAGCCGGGAGAGCGGAGGUCCAGGAGAGGUCCUGAAGGGAACCGCCAGGAGCUGCUGGAACGCCGCGGCCGCCAACCUGUCCCAGGAGAAACAGAGGCGCAUCGUCAGGAAGGCCUUCCGAAAGCUGGACAAGAUGAACAAAAAGAAGGAGCAGGCGCUGAGCAAAGAUAAAAGCUCCGUGGAGAAGAUGGAGACUCUGGUCCACCUGGUGAUCUCACAGGACCACACGAUCCGCCAGCAGGUCCAGAGGAUCAAGGAGCUGGACCGGGAGAUCGAGCGCUAUGAGGCCAAAGUGCACUUCGACCGGAUCAAGAGACACGGGGUGAACUAUGUGCAGGACACAUACAUGGUGGACUCUUCCUCGGAGGACUGUCAGCGGCACCAGGACGCGCGCUGCAGCGCGGACGCGCUGGCGCAGCUGGAGGAGUACGCGCAGCAGUGCGAGGAGGUUCUGCGGCUGCAGGAGGAGCUGGUGGAGCGCGACGCGCUCGUGGAGAGCAUCACCGGGGAGAUCCAGGAGGAGCUCAACCGGCGGUGGAUGACACGGCGGCAGGAGGAGCGAGGAGCGGAGGCGGCAGGAGACACGGACAGCGCGGCGGAGGAGCCGUGCGUCCCCCCGGCGGUAGAGCCGGACGCAGACGACGACCUGGGUCUGGAGGAGGAGAGGGUCCAGACUCAGCUGGACACCAGCCUGUACAUCGGCCUGCGGCUCAAAACAGACCUGGACGCCAUCAGGGGGGACUUGGACCUGAGUCUGGCACUCUGGGAGACCAAGGAGAGCGAACUGCUGGACCUCCUGGCUAAAGUUGAAAGCAUGGAGCUGGAACAGGAGGACAAAGUGACUGAUGAUGGUAAAGGGGAGCCGGGGAGUGCCGGGAGCACUCAGGCCAAGCCGAUGCCAGUGGACAAGGGCGCUGUUUGGGUGGAGCAGGCCAGAGGACUGUCAAAGGUCUGCAACACUAACGACGAGGACUCUGACACGGGCCUGAGCUCCAUGCACAGCCAGGACUCCGACAACCCGCCUGUGUGUGAGUCCCUGGUCUAGACCGACUCCCUGCGGGUGCAUCCGUGAAAUCAGUGUUGGACAAAAUAUUCUUCACACACGAGCAAUAAUUCUCACAUAUAGAUGUUGCACAAUAAGGCCAUGCUGUGCUGUAGCUGAGCAUGACCUUUGACCUCUGUUCCUCAGUAUCACGUAGGAGGCCUAAAGUGCUAAAAUCAUCCCAGUUACAAUUUGCAGACUUCACUGACAAACUAAUUUAAAGGCACAUUAAAGGGGUGAUAUUCUGCAAGACUCAGAUUUGAUUGCUUUCUUAACACACUUAAAUAUGUUUAAAGUUUCACGUUAAACAACAACAAACCUACAAUCCCAUGACUUCAUGUUCAAACUUCUCUGAAACGUCUCGUUUUAGACUUCUGUGACGUGUCACGAAAGUCCAUAUUUGGACUCUUGCCCCCUUUCCAAAUAGCAGCUCAUUUACUUAUUAAUUUUUGUUACAAUCUUUAAUCAGCUUUUAAAGCAUGUUGUGACCUCUGUUAGCGUCCUGAAAAGGUACCUAUAUGACCCCUUUAAUAACGGCUAACAAUUACUGAAAGGCUAAUUGGAGUAUUAAACAUGCUGUAUUUCAGCCUAAUGACUACAAAUUAGUUUCCUUUAAAAGAAAAGUAAUGUUAAUAUCAAAUGCAUCACAGUGGCCAGUCACACUGGGAAUCAUCAAUGGUGAUGUAGCGAUUUGUUGGAGGUCAAGAGCCACAGUUUUAGCUUAAUUAUGAAGCUAAUCACAAACAAACGCCUGAUGUCACAACUGCAAGUUUAACUUAUAAAGUAAAAUCACUGUGUGGCAGUGUAACAUUACCCAAUCAGCAUUAUUUAUUUACAAACAAACAAUUUUCCAGACAGCUACAUGCUAACUAGCCAAUCUAGCUGGUUAGUUUGCAGCUAAAAUAUAAUGCCAGAACUAUUUUUUUUUUAAAAUUACUUAUUACUUUAUUUGCUCUCCAACAAAUGCAAGUCUCUUCUACCCAGCCACAAAAUCAAGCUAGCUGAAGCGAUCAUAUAUUGUAAUGUUAUUUGCUUGAAAGCACCCAACCAAACUAUCUUCUAGCUAGCUAUAUGCAAACUAGCCAAUCUAGGUUGAUCUAAUACAUAUUUAAAUAUAUUUGAUUGCAAACACACCGAAAGGCUUUGUUUUCUGAUCAGUUACAUGCUAACUAGCCAGACUAGCUGGAGUGAUUAUAUAUUAUUUUCUGGUGGAAAACAUAUAGAGGCUUUACAAACUCUCUAUAGCAAAUAUGUUAACUAGCCAAGCUAGCUGGCGCUAAUAUAAAUAUGAAUAUGUUACUCAGAAGCAAACACACACUAAAGUUUGUUUUCUAGCCAGCUACAUACCACCUAGCCAAACUAGCCAGUUACCAUAUAUCAUGGUAAAAUUACUCAAACUUUCUACAUGCUAAUUAGUCAAGCUAGCUGGAUCUAAAACACAAUAUAAUUUAUUAUUUGAUUGUAGAUAUAUUGAACAAGAUUGUUUUCCAGCUUGGUACAUGCUAACUAGCCAAGCUAGCAGGAAUAAUCACAUAUUAGAAUAUAUCAUUUUCUUGUAAAAACACAAUAAACUUACUCUAUGCUAACUAGCCAAGCUGGACUGAGCUAACAUGUCAAUACGUUAUCUGAUUGUAAACACACGUGUUUGGCUUCUAGCCAGCUACACGCCAACUACCAAGGAUAGAUGGAGCUAACACGUAUUAGAAUACAUUAGCUUGUAAAAACUGUAAAGUCUGUUUUCUUGCUGGCUACAUUGUAAGACCUUGUGUCCAGGUAGUGUCCCUCCCCACCAGGUACUUGUAUCUUUUUCCCCCCUAAACUGUUCUGAGAAUGGCGUGUAUGAGGCCGCAAGCAGCCGCGACAAGAAAAAAGGUGGCACCCAGCAUCUUUUUUCAGAGCAGACCUCUUUUUCUGUGCGCCCUGACAUCACUGCGGCACUUUUUCAGGCAAAGCCGAGGAGAGAAUUAUUAUUAUUUUGAUUCUCUCAUAAUAGUGACAAUAAAUAAAUACAUUUAAAAAAAAAAAUCUGUGACAGCAGAUUGGACAGAGGCGGCUCUGGCUGUGGAUGAGUUUGCUUCAUCAUACUGUAUCUAGCUAGCUGUUUAUUGUUGUCAUAGAAGCAUUCCCUCGCCACACACACACGGGAAACGUAGAGUGCUGGGAAGAAGCAUUUGUGGGGGCUCAAUCAGCGUUUUAUUUUUAUUUAUUUAUUUUUGUCAGAAAAAACAACUACCAAAACCAAAAAACAAUAUAUGGACACAGGGGCCCAAUGCUGCAUUCGAUGUACCUUGUAAAUGGGACAUUGGAACUUAAAAUUGUAUCUUGUUUGUUUUUUUAAUCUCCGUACAUUAGAUGUGCAGAGUGGUUGAUAAUGUUUUAUUAGAUUAACAAUAACAAAAGAAAGAUGAGAUUGUUUUGUUGUGAUGUGCUAACCCGUAACAUAAUGUUAAAGAAACAUUGUUCUUUCUUGAAAUAACCUUGGAAAAAAAUGCUAACAUUCUGUGGGGAAUGAGAAUGAAUCAAAUGCGUAAAUAAGGGUUUUUACAAAUUAGGAAAUCUGAAUUCUGGUGUCAUUUUUAUUUUUCUGAUUUGGAGGCUGGAAAUUCCCAGUUCCCAUCGAAUGCAGCAUAACAACCAAAGGUAGCAGUUCUUUAUGCUAGGUAGCGUGUUUACUAUAUGAGUAAAACAUUAAUUACUUACUGUAGUGUACCAGUAUUCUCUGCAAAUAAUUUACAUCAGGGCAGAAUUUUACAAACACGAUGUGACAUUUUGUACCGCCGUUUACUACUGUCACCUCAAGUACCGCAGUGGCCUGAUGUAAGUGUAGAAAUUAUUCUGCAGGUUAAAAAUGACUAAAACUGACAUAAUUGUCUACUCGAGUGAGUAGAUUUGUCUGCAUUCUGUGCAGAUUGUGGCAAAUUAUAUUGAAAUUCCAAAAUGCGAGUGUGACGGCGCCCUUUAAAGUGCAACAAAAUAUUAUUUCCACACAAA